AUGACUCAACUUGAACCAAUCAAGAACGUUAUGACCAUGGGUGCCGGAGGUCUAUUCGGCACUGAGGUUUUAGCAGCACUUCAAAAAGAAGGGGUUUUCAACUUGUCGAUUCUGACACGAAAAUCCUCGAAGUCUCAAACCUUUCCACCUGGAAUCAAAAUUCACAGAGUGGACAAUGACUACCCAAUCGAUCAACUUCUCGAGGCCUUUAAGGGGCAAGACGCGCUGGUCUCAACAUUACCUGGGAGACCGUAUACAGUUCAUCUACGUAUGAUCGACGCUGCAAUUCAAACAGGAGUUAAGCGUUUUAUUCCUACGGAAUAUGGCAACAACACUUGUACUGCAGCUGCAGAUCUGGUCUCACUCUACGAGGAUAAAUCUAGGGUCAUUUCUUACCUUAAAAGUAAAGAAACCUCAGGUUUAACUUGGACAGCUAUCCAUACUGGCCAAUUUUUCGAUUGGGGACUUGAAAGUGGAUGGCUGGACUACCAUUUCGAGGAGAAGCGUGUUACAAUCUACGACUCUGGCCAUAAGCUAUGGUCGACUACAACUCUCGGAACUGCAAGUACCGCUGUCGCUAGGGUACUAUUGAAUCCCGAGCAGACAAGAAACAAGCCUAUCUUUGUGGCAUCAUUCACUGUAUCACAGCGCGAGGUUCUUGAGGUACUACAAAAAGCAACCGAUACCACAUGGAAGGUUGAAACCAUGUCUUCGACAGAUGCACUGAGGAGGGCAGCCGAGCUUGAUGAUAAAGAUUAUUCCGAGGGCUUGAAGCUGCUGAUUCUUAUGCUGCUCUACGCGGAUGAUGCAGAUAGAGGAGCUGACUUUGAGAAGUUUGGCUUGUCCAAUGGCCUUCUCGGACUACCGAAGGAAACUCUGACCGGGGUCAUUGAUCGAAUUGUGAAGCGAGAAUCCCCUCGAUUAGAUAAUUGA